AUGUCGAACUGUCAUGCAUCGUGGCUCGGCCUCUGCGGGAUCGGUCGCAAGGACAUGCGCCUGCUGGCCUCGGGAACCGGCUCGUUCCCUGCGGAAACUCAACCCACGAAGAUCAACCUCAUCCACUCCAUCACCCGCAAGGCCCUGCCGACUACAGACAUGAUGGACGACGAUUCAGAGUACGAAGAGGAUGCCCAUCUCUCAGAAUCCGAGCUCGAGCGCGAAGACGAACUGCUGGGCUCAUGGAACGAGCUCGACCAGCCCCGUCUGCUCCCUCCCGGCGGCCUCGAGACGCUCCCGAUCGAACACACACGCCAGCAGAGCGGAAAAAAAAGGCCUACCCUCAACCCUUCUGGCCGAGAACCCCAACCUGCUCCUCCCAGCCCGCAUACCACUUCUCCCCCAACCCCUCCCCCCUCUCGCCGUUCGUCCCACUCGGACAGUCUCCAGUCUGCGUCCGACUCACGAAACAACGACGCCGGCACGGGUGGCUCCUUGAUGUCCGGCUCGACCAGGACCACCCUGGUCACCUCGAUCUCCACGCUCUCCUCAGUCGGGGAAGAGUACACCGACCCGGACAACAACCCGAGCUUCUCGAACCCCAGCUCGUCGUCGUCCUCGUCGACUUUAAAAUUGCGGCUACUGAAACAGUCUUUACAGUUCAUAGUCCAUCAUCUGCACCCGCGCUCUCGCCUGACUCUUGUCGCCUUCACCGUCGGCGCCAGCAGCGGGGGUGGUGGAGGGGCCAGGGGCCAGUGCCAGCUACUCUACACGCCCUUCCUGACGGUGGGCAAGCCGGCAAGUCUGAAACGGGUCGAGUUCGCCAUCGAGCAGCUCGCCCGUGCCGGCCGCACCGAAGACAUCCUCACCGCCCAGAACUGGAAGUACUUUGGCAAGGACAUCGUCGUCGCUCAGCAGGCGGAGGACUCCGCUAACGGGUUCGAGGCUCUCUCGGUGGGCAUGUCGAAUGCGCGAGUGAGUAUCGGGAUCGCAGAGAAGAAGUGGUUCAAGAUGAAGAAAAUCUCUGGGCUCUCGCACGUGAUCUCCUCGGAUGGUCAGCACGCCGAUCUCGAGCUAGGCCAGCUCCGCUUUGGGGAGCGCCGGGACAUGCUAGUGGAGGUGGAGAUGAGGUCGGCGCGGGAGGUGUACCGGACGCAGAGCCGACGGUCCUACGACGGAGACCAGGCUUUAAUGGAGUCUACACAUGCGGAGAAGACGGGCACGGAUGCGUUCUUUCGGAGCCAGAUGGGUGGCGAGGCGGAUCUGGGAGGGAUGAUGGGCAAGACGGACGCGUUUACGCGGUUCUAUGAGGCCCAGGUCGAGGAGAUGAACGACCACAUGAUUCUGUUGGAGGUCACUCUCUGCAUUGAGCUUAAGUUUACUUUAAAAUCUUAUUUACUUGGCUAA